AAUCAGACAAACAGCUGGUUAUUUUUAUGACUGCCUGAUUGAAAUGAAUUUUUGUAGCUUUGCCUCCGUUCUUACUUCCCUUAGAUUUCGCCGCCCCUUUUUCUUAUCAAAAAGGAUGACCAAGGUCUGAUUUCAAACGGUUCACGGUUUCACUUUGACUGAAUGUAGCGGAAGGCACCGUUUGUUUUUUUGAUUUUAGCAAUGUUUUCCAUCUGAGCCUUAGGCCCUUUUUGAUCACCGCCAACUGAUAUCCAACAUUCGGGAAAGUUAUGAGAAAUGCGGCUUUCCAUGACAUUGAUAGAUGUUCGUUUAUUACCGACUCCGUUUUUGGCAUAUCGCUCGUUCCAGUAAAAUUAAAGCGCAGCAAAAUAGGAAAAGGUACAAGAAUAUAUAAUUAUUUGCAUAUGGUUUUCCGGAAGUGAAUUAUGGUAAUAUUUAAAGAGAGCAGUGAUUCGCAGACUAGAGCGAACUGUUUCGUGUAUUUACUAGACUCCCGUAUCUUGGCUUCUUUUGACAGCGACUGGUCUAUCCGACAUUUCGCCAGCACCAGAUUCAUUGACCACUAAGUUCAUAACAGCUUCAAACUUGGUGAAUCUUUAAGAGACUUCGUUCAUGGAUUUUGAGGACAAGUUAACAGAAGAACAAAUCGAUGAAUACAGAGAUGCCUUUAAGUUUUUCGACAAGGACGGUAAUGGGCACAUUACUACGCGCGAGCUAGGAGCCAUUAUGCGUUCGCUCGGACAGAAUCCCACUGAGAACGAGCUGCAAGACAUGGUCAACGAGGUCGACUACGACGGCAAUGGCGUUGUUGAUUUUCACGAGUUUGUGAACAUGAUGAUAAACCAGAAUAACAACACCCUGGACCAAAAUGAGCUGUUAGAGGCCUUCCGCACAUUUGACGGCGACGACAAAGGCUACAUCUUCUCCAACGAGAUCCGCUACGUGCUGAGACACAUGGGCGAGAACAUCCCAGAGCACGACAUUAACGACAUACUUAAAGACGCCUCACACGGCCGCAAGCGAAAAAUCACAUUCGAAGAAUUUGUCAAAAUGGUGAAGCCUGAGAUUUGAGUCGAAAUCAGAUGAUUGUGGGAGUGGAUUGUGGGCGCCCUGAUGCGGCAAAACACGAUUGCGCAUGCUCAAGACUGUUACUCACCCUUCCAAAGACGCAGGGAGCCCGCGUUGAUCAGCAUCAUUGUGUUUUUUUGGUUCUGUCAAUUAUGUCAGCAAAAUAUCACGAAUUAUGUUGUAUCCAGGUAGAAACGCAACUUAUGGGUGGCGUAACACAACAGUAUGAUCAUUUUUUAUUAAUUUUUUUACAACCUAAUGAUACACCUCGGCGAGAGGGAAGAAUGUUUAUUCCAACAGCAUUUUUCUGUUGUUUGGUACAUAUUUUUGUAUAAUUUAACGCAUCGUUCUAUCCAUGCCCGAAAAUGUUUGGCAACCAUAUAUAACGAUGUGUAAAAAGAGGCUUUGAUGACAUUAUUUGAUUACAAGUACGCAAAUCUUUUUACAAUAACUUUCUUUCAAAUAUGACAGUUCGCCCUAUCCUAUAAAAUUUUCGAUUUAUGUCGAGAAUAAAAAGAAAACAGCGAAUUUAAGUUAUUGGACUCGUAGUCAAAUACGUCAUCAUGGAAACCGCCAUUUCCUAAUUGGCCUUUCUUAGGGAGUGUUCAUUGAAAACCAUGAGGGGGGGGGGGAUAUUAGGAAGUGUCUCCGAAAAUUUAUAACCUUAAAACCUUCUAAAGGGGUGCUCCGACAAAAAACGUGCCCUCUAACGGAGUCUCUGAUUUUUUUACGAGUCCGUCUGGAAUCCUGGGGGUUGUUAAGGGGGGUCCUCACCGUAAAAAGAAUACACUUAAGGGGGGAGGGUGUUCUGGAAUUCCCCCCCCCCCCCGCUUUAUUGGGUAUUUAAUGGAUGCUGCCAAAAAAUAUUGGAUACGUGAGCAUGUUUAUGUGAUGCUAAAUAAAAAGCUUGAAACUGUC